AUGCAUUACGAUCGACGACGGCAGUGCUCUCGUCAACUUUUCCCCCAGACUCACUCCUCACUCCGUUUACCCCGGAUCUCCCCUCCUCCCCGAUGGACCAAUAUGAAGCCCGCCGAGAAGCACUUUCGCUGCACCAUAUGUCAGCGGGGCUUCACGCGCAUUGAUCACUUAAAGAGACACCAUCUGAGGCAUUCCGGCCAAAAGCCCUACUCUUGCGUUUUUUGUAACGAGUCUUUUGCGCGCUGCGAUAACCUGCGCGACCAUUAUGCGGAUUGUGCCCAGCGUGGGGAUCGCCAGAUCCCCGAAACAGGACAGCGAGGUCGGCGGAGACAUGCUUGCCAAUCAUGCACCGCGAUGAAACUGCGCUGCGACGGCAACACCCCUUGCGAAUCUUGCGUUAAAAGAGGCUUUAUGUGCACAAACGCCAAUGGGUCAGGUCCAAAUGGCAGCUUUGAGGAUGGAUCAUCCCCGCCGAAGCCCCAAAUGCCUCCAAUAUGCAGACAACCGUCGGAUCGCGGAUCCAUCAAAUUCCUCCUGAAUGGCGGCACAGACACCUUUACCGAAGGCUUCAGGCUUCCUCCCCGCAGUGAUCGAGGACGGGACAUGGUAUAUCACGAUGAAAGUGCGCUUGAGGAGGCAAGUACAAACGGAGAAAUCUAUCCAUAUAGUGUACCGGGCGAUCGGCCGGACUUCUCCCCAGGAUUUGUCGGGUCGGACCCCGCGAACCUACAAUUCUUUCAAGACACGUUUCUGGAUUUCUUCAAUGGGCCUUUUGGGGAAGCUCAGAAAUCCGGGGAAAAUUCAUAUACGGGGCAGGUGGCAUACCCAGCAGCAAUUGCGCCGAGGCAAGAUAGCAACUUAGCCUUGCCAGCCGAUCAGGCAAUGUUCGAGACUGAGCGACCCUUCGCAAUGGCUAUGGUGCAGUCUAUUUUGGCACGAGCAUGGACGGUUCCCUUGGACCCCAAGGCCCAGGAAGAGAUAUCAGCGAAUCUGAGCUUCUUGCUGACUACGGCGCGCAUACACAAGUUCACCUCGCUGUAUUUCAAGUACUGGCAACCUAGCUGUGCCAUGAUUCACAUCCCCACUUUUGACCCAGAGACCGUUGCGCUGCCUUUGCUAGCCGCGGUGACAUUCUUUGGGGCAAUGUAUAGCUCUGAUCAGAGGGAGGCUUAUGUGUCAAAGCGGCUGCUUGAUUUUGCCGAGCUUUUCAUCUUUUCAAGUCACAUAUACUCCCCAGAGAGUGAAGUGGCAAGUACCUUUUCAGGAACUCGAAGCACCGAGGAUGAAGCAAACGACUGGAUCAAGUUCCAAAACUUUCAGGCUGGUUUCGUGAUCACAAUUGUCCAGUACUGGGCAGGAAGCCUUACGUCAAAAAACCGUGCGAUGGAGAAUCGAUUCAGUGAAAUCGUCAAGGUAGCCCGUCGCUUAAACCUUGUCAAGGCCAGGCAUUCACCCAACGAGGAGCAAUUCGAGGAGCACUUAUGGAUUCAAACAGAGUGCCGUAUUCGAACGCUUAGCAUUAUAUCACUACUGGACUGCGCCUUCUUUUUCUACCAAAACUAUCCAUGUCGCUUUACGUAUGCGGAGAUAGAAUGCGAAUUACCCUGCGAAGAGGCUCUUUUCCGAUCCCCGCAUCCAUUCACGGAUCCAAAAUUCCGCUUUACUCGCGACAUUACCGUAUAUGGGGCCUUCCAACAUAUGUUUGAGUCGCCUACGGCCGACAGUGAUCAAGAGUCACCUUCAUCCCGCAAGAUUGAUCUGACGGUCCUGGACAUGUUCAUUGUCAUUCAUGUUCUGUUUGCUUUUAUCAAUACACAUAUGACGCUCGUGGGCCUACUCAAACGUCAAGCCCUUGUUAUUCAGGCUUCCCAGGCUGAAGGUAAUUGGGACAAGAGCAUGAUUCCCGAAGAUUCAAUUUUGGGCUCAAUCCGCACCGCCUUGAAUCGUUGGCGCGAUUAUUGGGUCGCUUUGAGCAACAAAGUCCCCAGUGACGAGUGGGCAUCGAUGGGUUUCUACAAGAACGGGUACAACUUCUGGCUCGUGUCUCAGUUGUUGAUCACCAAGAAGGAUGCUGUCGAUGUGAUUAUGCAAAUGGAAGUGCACUGCGAAGACAAACUAGAGAAGUUGAAGGUACUGUUACAGGAUGAAUAG